CCGACUCUAUGCAUACAAUAGCCGAAACACGGAGGGAUUUGUCAUCACAGAUUGACAAUUUUCCUCCGAAUUUAUUAAAUAAUUUAAAUGCGUCUGCACAGAAUCGUGGUGGAGGGGAUGGUGCCACAACAUUAAAUACUGGACAAACAAUGAUUCCUUUUGUUGGACAACAACCUAUCAAUUUACCAUCAUGCCGAAAUACAUCCAAUUAUUUUCAUGCUGAACGAAAUGAUUCUGUUCGUCAUUUAUGGAGACAGCAAACACAUUCUUGUAUAAGUCAAAGUACAAAUUCUGCUAGUGGAGGAAAUCAAUUGUUACCUACAACUUCUUCGCCGCAACAGUCGCAAGCACAACAUCAGCAACAACAUUGUGGAGUUGUAAAUCAUUUUGGAAGUUUGGAACAAAGUCAACAACUUUAUAGAAAUCUCUCAGAAACGAAUGCUGCUUAUAAUAGACAAACCCAAUUUUUAAAUAAUGCAUUGCAUAUUGAACAAAAUCGUCGAAAUUACUUAGCAAAUACUAUACAUAAUAAUUUGUUGCAACAAGAGCCAGCGACAAUGGAUCGAACACUUUUUUUAAAUUUCACAUCAAACAACAUAUCACAAUAUCCAAAUCAAAUUGGAGGGAAUGCAAAUAAUUCAAUAGCGCCCUAUCCAACUGUUCCACAACAGUACAAUUACCAAAAUAUUUCGCCGCCAGUUCACAAUAAUAUCAAUAACACAUCAACACAGCAACAAUCGAACCUAAUACCACCUUCAAAUUAUCCAAUUCAUUCACCUUUACCAUCUCCACAAUUAGUAUUUGGUCCACCGCCAAGAGAAAAUCGUCGACCAAAUAUCAAUCAACUUGAUGAAUCAUUAAAUCGAACAAUUGCAGCAGCAUUCCCUGAUGCAUUCAAUACGACACCAAAUCCAACAUACUUUCAUGAAACGUCACAAAGUAUACCAAUUAAUUCUUUGUUCCAGUCGUUCAGUAAUCAUUUAAAAAUUCCGGAACAAGUCGCAUUAAAUAGAUUAGCGAUGUCAGCACAAAGUAAUAAUUCUACUACCGUCAAUAAAUCACAAAUUUUUAAUAGAAAUAUUGAGCAUCAAUGUGUUAAUGAGCUAAAUGAAUGUAAUAAUACUCAACUCCCCCCACCAUUACCCCCAAAAUCGUGUUAUAUGUUACCAACAACGACAGAUCGAAAUGGUGACGUCUUACCCGACUGUAUUGUUGAUGAUACCAAUCAAAUACAUUCAGCACGAUCGAAUAUGAAAUUUAAAUUUAGUAAAAAUGUGAAAAACAUACCAAAGAAGAUUGAAAAAAACGAUUCAGAUCAAUCAUCUUCAAAAGAAUCGUUAAAAACUUGUACAAGUGAUUUAUAUAUUUCGAAUAGUACAAAACAAACGUCUCAGCAAUAUUCCGAAGACAUUUUUAAUUGCCAAAUUCGAGACUGUAACACGAUCUACCCGAUUAAUGAUAACAAAGAAGAUACAAAUAAUACAAACCAAACAACAACGUCAUUAAAUCCCGAACAGCGACAUAGUUCACCUUUUGUAUUACAAGAAGAGAGUGCAUUCAUAGAUAUGAUUGUAGAAGGAUGUAUUCAUGGUGAGGAGAUUGCAACAAAAUAUCAAAAUGUCCCUUGUUUUAAAAAUAUUAAAAAAUUAUGUGAAAAAACUAAAUCAGAUUUAAUGACACCACAUUGUACCGCACGUAAUAUCCAUUCACAGGGGAUUCCGUGGGCAACCAAGGAUUAUAUAUUUGCAUUUACACGUUUAACAAGUUGUUGGUACUUAUUAAAAGGUUAUUUAGGUCAGAAAUCUGAUGUAUUUGAUAAAAUUGAACAAUUAUAUAGCCCGGAUUUACGACGAUCAUUUGAAUUAUGGGAACAAACUACAAUGAAUUUAGCUUUUCAUGUUAUGAAAUCAUUCAUUGCACUUGGAAAUAAUAGUACGGUAAAAUGGAAUCCAAAUGCACAUAGUACGCCGUUAACAACGAAAGAAACAUUAAUACGAAAAAAACUUGUCGCUGCAUUUCCAUCAUUAAUAUCAAUGGAUUUGGAUGAUAACAAAAAUAAAAGUGAAUUGGAAAAGAAUAACAGUGGCGGCGGUGCCACACAAAAUGAUAAUAAAUCGACGAGUUAUUUUAAUAAUACAAAUCGUAUGAUGAAAGAUUUCCAUAAUCAUCAUAUAAUUAAACCAAUGAGUACACGAUAUGAUUUUGAUAGUGGGGAUGAGGAUUCUUCAAAAAAAUAUAUAAAACCUGGUUGUUAUUCAGUACCACAAAUACAGAAUCCAAAUACGUUAUCCUCUCCAACUGCUAGUCCUAGACCAUCAAUAUUUAAUGAUUUAGGUAAUCCAUCAUCAAGUAACAAGAAACAAAUGUCACCAAUCAUCAUUUUAUCCCAUCGGAAUGAGCAAGCUAAACAAACAAUUGAUUCAGCAGCAGAUUCUGCAAUGAAAAAUAACGGUAUGGUUGUAUAUGAAAAUCAUAUUGAAUAUAUUCCAUUUAAGAAAACUCCACAAGGUAUAAUUACAUCAGCUUUAAUGAAAAAAAGUCGUUGUGAAGAUUUUCCCAAGUCGCCUCUAGACUUAAAUGAAAAUGAAUACUCGGUUGAAUCAAAGAUGUUAUAUGAUGCAUUAAAAAUAACAAAAUUGGACGAUAAUCAACAACAAAAUGAUUCGAAUGAUGUAAGUACAAAUAAUAUAAAUUUGACUGUUGAACGUUCUGUCGAAGUCGAUGACCAUAUUGAAUGUACAGAAUCUCAAGUUAAUGGUGGCAGCACCUGUAAAGAUUGUAAAGAUGAUGUCUAUGAACAGCGCAACAUCAACAGCUGCAAUGUAAGUGGAUUUACAUCUACAUCAUCAAAAUCAACAUCAAUUUCUUCACCGAAUAAAAUUUAUGGUACCAAGAAACAAUAUCGUAAUAAAUCACGGCGAUCCGAUCAGCAUUCAACAUCUGAUUAUCAAACAAAAUCUGCUUCUAUCAAAAAAGCACAUAAAAGCUAUUAUAAUACAAUUUUGUCAUCUCCAAAAUAUUUAGCUGAGAAUUGUAAUAUGAAAGGGCGUCCAAAAUGUCGUCAAAAUGUUAAAUGGAAUAUUUGGUACAGUCGUAAGCAUGAUGGUUUGUCACAUUUGGCUAUCGAGACAUUUGAACGUAUUCUACAUGAGUUGUGGAGCAUGCCUAGCUCACAUUAUUUUGUUUUUGAAGUUGAUGUUAGAGAUGUUCCCGAUUACUAUGAAAUCAUAAAGCAUCCAAUAAAUGCUCGUAUAUUUUCAGAGGUACAUCCUAACAAAAGAUUACAACGCUUAAUAGGUCAUUUCUCAAAUGCAUUUGAACAACUAUUAAACGAUAAUUUUCCAAAAAUGGAUUUCAGUAAAAUAAUGGAUGAAGAUAAUGAAGUCUUACCUGGAACGAAUUUAUUAUCCAAGAACAGCACAUCAUCCGGAUCUUCAACACCAUCGAAAUCUGAUGAUAAUGUUACUUCACCAAGUAGUCAAGAGGACAGAUAA